GUUCGCUGAGUAUUCAACAACCACUCUUCCUUCAACCUCACUUCAAAACCCACCCCAAAACAACCAACAUGAAGUUCGCCGCUGCCGUAGUCAUGUUCGUGUGCGCCCUGGUCGGAGCUCAGGCUUCGUGGAAUGUGGCCCAGAUUGCCCCCGGUGUCUCCUAUGUGAACUCCGUGGCCCAUGGACCCGGUCUGUGGGGUGGUGCCUGGAACGGAGCCUGGAACGGUGCCUGGAAUGGCGCCUGGAACGCACCUGCCGCCGUCGCCGUCCACGCUAGCGCUGCUCCCUGGGGUCUGACCGCUCCCGGAUGGCACGGUGCUUCCAUUCCCGGAAUUGCCCUGGCUCAGGGUCCCGGACUGGCUGCUGCUGCUCCUCUGGCUGGCAAGCUCCUCGGACACGAGGGUGUCUAUGUGGCCAAGACCCGUGGUGCCAUCCACACCGCUCCCCUCGCCGGACACAUCAACUCUGCCACUUCCGUGAACGUGGCCCCUGCUCCCGGAACCCUGUAAGUUGGACGACAACCACCCACAGAUGCCAAAUGGAGCGGCUGGACGGCAGGAUAACCACUGAUCUCCAACUGCUUCAGCGACUUAGCCACGACUCCAACCGGAUUAAUCCCCAUCUCUCUGUACACUUAUUGUUAAGCACACCGCUCUUAGUCCCCCUGAUACGAACACGAUCCUGAUCUUGGAUCUGGAUAUAUACUUAUUAAUAUAUAUUCGAUUCAACGCACUCAGCAAUAUAAGUCCAACAGCAAUUACAACAACUACAACAAACCAACAAACGACAGCAUGUUAAUUUUAUUUUUUGAGAACUAUUCUUCAAAUGCUUCCCAUCUUCUAUCCAAACUGUAUAUCUCUCUCUCCUAUCCUAUCACUAUGACUACACCUUUCUGUAUCUAUCACUUUCUGGCAUAUCCCUAGUUCCGGGCGAUAUGUCCUGUCAACCUGUAUAUACCCCAUUGUACUUUAGUAAUCUGCAACAAUGUAAAGAUUGACGAAAGCGUUAUAAAUAAACUCAAUCAGCGUUUUUUAUACGAA